AUUAACAAGGCGGGCGGCGGCAGCAGCAGCAGCCAUGAAUUCGGCGGAGCAGACCGUUACAUGGCUGAUCACCCUGGGCGUGCUGGAAUCGCCCAAAAAGAGCAUCUCGGACCCGGAGGGCUUCCUGCAAGCCUCGCUGAAAGACGGGGUGGUGCUGUGCAGGCUGCUCGAUCGCCUGCUGCCGGGGACCAUCGAUAAGGUUUAUCCGGAGCCCCGCACCGAGAGUGAGUGCCUGAGCAAUAUCCGCGAGUUCCUUCGGGCUUGCGGCGCCACCCUCCGCCUGGAGACCUUUGACGCAAAUGAUCUUUAUCAAGGACAAAACUUCAACAAGGUGCUCAGCUCCUUAGUGGCUCUAAAUAAAGUAACAGCAGACAUUGGGCUAGGAAGUGAUUCUGUGUGCGCAAGGCCAUCUUCUCACCGGAUAAAAUCAUUUGAUUCCUUGGGAUCCCAGUCUUUACACAGCAGAACUUCAAAACUUUUUCAGGGCCAGUAUCGAAGUCUGGACAUGACCGAUAACAGCAACCAUCAAUUGGUGGUGCGAGCAAAAUUUAAUUUUCAGCAGACCAAUGAAGAUGAGCUUUCCUUUUCAAAAGGAGAUAUUAUUCAUGUAACAAGAGUGGAAGAAGGAGGCUGGUGGGAAGGAACUCACAAUGGCAAGACGGGUUGGUUUCCCAGCAAUUAUGUAAGAGAAGUAAAAUCAAAUGAAAAACCUGUCUCCCCCAAAUCAGGAACGCUGAAGAGUCCUCCAAAAGGAUUUGAUACAUCGGCUAUUAGCAAAAGCUAUUACAACGUGGUGCUACAAAACAUAUUAGAAACAGAAAAUGAAUAUGCUAAGGAACUACAGACCAUGCUUUCUAACUACCUAAGGCCUUUACAAGCCAGUGAAAAGUUAAAUUCUACGGAUACUUCAUAUUUAAUUGGAAACCUAGAAGAAAUCAGUUCCUUUCAGCAAAUGCUUGUGCAGUCUUUAGAAGAAUGCACCAAGUUGCCUGAAGCUCAGCAGAGAGUUGGUGGUUGCUUUCUAAAUCUGAUGCCACAGAUGAAAAACUUAUAUCUUGUGUACUGUGCCAACCACCCAUCAGCAGUAACUGUUCUCACAGAACACAGUGAAGAGCUAGGAGAAUUCAUGGAGAUGAAAGGAGCCAACAGUCCUGGGAUUCUUGUAUUGACCACAGGCCUGAGCAAACCCUUUAUGCGUCUGGAUAAAUAUCCCACUUUACUCAAAGAACUUGAAAGACACAUGGAGGAUUACCAUCCAGAUCGACCUGACAUUCAGAAGUCUAUGACAGCCUUCAAAAAUCUUUCUGCACAAUGUCAAGAAGUACGAAAAAGAAAGGAACUUGAACUCCAGAUACUAACAGAAGCUAUCCGCUGCUGGGAAGGAGAGGACAUUAAGACACUUGGGACAGUUAUUUACAUGUCACAAGUCAUGAUACAGUGUGCUGGUAGCGAGGAAAAGAAUGAACGAUACCUUCUUCUGUUUCCAAACACUUUGCUCAUGUUGUCUGCCAGCCCUAGAAUGAGUGGGUUUAUCUAUCAGGGAAAACUACCACUGACAGGGAUGACCAUCACAAAGCUAGAAGACAGUGAAAAUCACAGAAAUGCAUUUGAAAUAUCAGGAAAUAUGAUUGAACGAAUAUUAGUAUCCUGUAACAACCAACAAGAUCUGCAUGAAUGGGUGGACCAUCUGCAGAAACAAACCAAAGUAACAACUAUUGGGACUCCCACUAUUAAACCUCAUUCUGUGCCAUCUCACACGCUUCCUUCUCAUCCUGUAACACCGUCCAGCAAACACUCAGAUAGCAAGCAAAUACCACUGACUCCAGUAUACCACACUCUUCCACAUCCUUCACAUCAUGGGACGCCUCACACUACUAUAAACUGGGGACCCCUGGAGCCUCCUAAGACUCCUAAGCCAUGGAGUUUGAGCUGUUUGCGACCGGCACCACCACUGCGGCCUUCAGCAGCGCUCUGUUACAAAGAGGAUCUCAGCAAAAGCCCUAAAACAAUGAAAAAAUUGCUGCCCAAGCGAAAACCUGAACGGAAACCAUCAGAAGAAGAGUUUGCACUGAGAAAAAGUACAGCUGCAUUAGAAGAAGAUGCUCAGAUUCUAAAAGUUAUUGAAGCUUACUGUACAAGUGCCAAAACACGCCAAACGUUAAAUUCAACAUGGCAAGGCACUGACCUGAUGCAUAAUCACGUCUUGGCUGAUGAUGACCAAUCAAGUCUAGACUCCUUGGGUCGUCGCAGUAGCCUUUCUCGUUUGGAGCCUUCCGACCUCUCUGAAGACUCUGACUAUGACAGUAUAUGGACAGCCCAUAGUUACAGAAUGGGGUCUACAUCUCGCUCCCGUAAAGAAUCUGCUCCCCAAGUGCUGCUUCCAGAGGAAGAGAAAAUUAUUGUAGAAGAAACAAAAAGUAAUGGUCAAACUGUGAUAGAAGAAAAAAGUCUUGUUGACACAGUAUAUGCAUUAAAGGAUGAAGUACAGGAAUUAAGACAGGAUAACAAAAAGAUGAAGAAAUCAUUGGAAGAAGAACAAAGAGCUCGCAAGGAGCUUGAAAAGCUUGUCCGGAAAGUUCUAAAGAGCAUGAAUGAUCCUUCCUGGGAUGAAACUAAUUUAUAAUGAAUUUACCAUGUUUUUUUUUUCUUUCUAUUGAAAGACCAGUUGUCAAAUCAAGCUGGGAAGCCUUCUGACAUUUAGUCAGUCCUGCAUAAAGAGCACUGCAAAGCAAGAUUUAACUGGAUCGAAUGGUUUUUCUUCUUCCUUACAAUGCAUAGUAUGUCCAAUCCAUUCACUGAAGCUGUCUGUGCUUAAGUGUAGAUAGCAUGGACCCUGAACUCUACUAGACUUAACUUGUUUGCAUUUAAAUUACCUCAUUCUGCAGCAAGUGCAACAGCUGGCUAAAGAAGUCCAUGUUUUCCAACAGCUUUUUAAAUUAAUAAAUAUAUCUUUUAUCCCCCUUGUAAAUAUCUGUAAUUUUGAAUGCGUGUAUGAUCAGUGUAUCAGAACUGAUACAGUGUUAAAACUUUUUUCCCUCUGUGAUGCUGCAAACAGCAGACAUUAUGGCCGUGGUUGCUCACCCCCCAAAAAGUAAAUGAAAAUUCUUUACUGCACCAAGAUAAAACUUGUUUUGAACUGUGUUCUAGACAUAUUAGAUUUGAGAUGCAAAAUGCAUUUUUGGGGGGUAAUGUCCCCAUUAUAUUUUACAGUAUUCACUCACCUGUUUUAAAAGAUUAAUGUAAAUGUUUGUGUCUGUAUAAACCUUCAGACAAUGAAAUGUACUUUUUAGUAAUACAAAGAUGCAAUGCAGUAAAUUCUUUGUUGGCACCACUUUCAUAGGAAAGCUAAUAAGAUCUGACACUGAUUUAAGUUAAAUUUCUUUCGGCAUGCCAAUAUGCAAAAUAGCCACAUAAAUUAUGUACAUGCUGUUUGUUUUUUUUAAUUGUUAGUUGUUAGAUUACUUGUCUACUACAUUUUUACAUGAUUGUGCUUAUACCUAAACGUACAGCUGGCUGGUAUUUUAAUGGAACACUCGAGUACUGUUGGUCGAAACAAAAGUUCUUCUCUGGUUGGGGGAUCUUUUUUCCCCUUGUGAAUAAAAUGUAUUAUUUAUUUUUAUUGUAACCAUAAGAUGAUUUUGGUUAACAUUUGCAUGUAGAGCAUUUGGAGAACUCUAGACUUGGAGCCUGACACCUGGUCUUCCACUAACGUGCAAGAAUAAUCUCUCCCUCCUCCCCCCCCCCACAUCAUUAAGUCCUUUUAUGCAACAAAUUAAAAAAGGACAGCAGUGCUUCAUGAGACAAAACCUGUUUAAUUUUCUCUUUCCCAUAUAAAUAAGCUGCAAUUACUUUGGGCAGUGUGGUUCCCAUGUUAAGUGUGUUGUGAUAAUAUUCUGCAUUGGAAAUUUGGAACUCCACAAUGUGUGGUUUAGGCAGUAUUUUUAGAAAUUACCACUGUGGUCAAAUAACUUGGCUUUUAGCCAAAACUGAAAGUUCCUGAAUGUGUUUGGGUUUUUAAAGGUGCAGUCCUAAGUAGGGUCACGUCCUUCUAAACCCACUGAUGUCAGUGGAUUUAGAAGCGUGGAACUGCUUAAGAUUGCACUGCUAGGGUGCCUGAUUUAAUUGUUUUCAGUGAAUCUCAAUGCCAUUAAUGUUGAUUCCAAACUUCCUGCUGGCUUUGGGGCAGAGUCCUAGGGCAGAUCCAAGUCUUGUGAGAAAAAUGAGGCUGCUGGAAACAUCUUCAUGUUGAGUUUCCCCCUUUCAUAAUGGAGUGAUGAAAGUCACCCAGAGUUCUCACAGCACCCUUGUGUAUUACCUGUGGACCGGGCAAAUACACAACCUUGUGACGUAGGGGUGGCUUUUAUUGCACAUUAUAGAGGAGGAAAAAACAAGUAUAGCGGUGGUGUUACAAAGGGCAGACUCAUAUUUCUCAUAAUGUAUAGUUUCCACCCCAAAUGAUUAUAUUUGUCUCAUAUACUGUGUGUUGUAUAAUUGAUUCUUGUAUUAAACAGACGAAGCCUGUUCCUCCCUCCUGAAGCAAUAAGACUCAGCUAUUUAUUGUUUCCUGCUGGCAGCAGCCAGAAACGGCAGCUAUACUUCAGUUCAAAUAAAUGUUAAUUGUCACGAUAAAA